CUCAUACUUUUCUUUCCAAUGGAACAACUCGAUCCGCAGACAUUGGCGACGCUCGAGCACCACUUGGCUCAAGUCUUGCAGCCAGAUAGCGCAUUGAUCUCUCAGGCCACCGCAGAGCUCAAUGCAUUCUUUGGUCUUCCGGUCUGCGUGCCGGCGCUUGUUCACGUGCUGGGCGCAUCAACCAAUGCGGGCGUGCGCCAACUGGCGGGCGUUAUUGUGCGUGCUCGCCUCAUCCGUCAGUGGAUGAAGCUCCCUGCAGACGUGCAUGUGUGGAUCAAGGCGAAUCUGCUGGCCAUGAUUGCCGUCGAGCCUCUGAGUAUUGUGCGGCACGCCACUGCCGCCGUCAUUGGCAUUAUUGCCAAGCACGACAUGCGCGCCAACAACUGGCCCGAGCUGGUUCAGUUUGUCUUCCAAUGCAGCCAGUCCAGCGAAGUUGCACACCGCGAGAUUGGCAUCUACGUUGUGCGCAUGAUGUGCGAGUCGGGCGACAGCUUCCUCGAGCCCCACCUGCCGUCGUUGCUGCAAAUGUUUGCCCUGGCGCUCGCCGACGCUGCCAAUCCGUCUAUUCAACAGCUUGCCAUCGAGGCCAUGACAUUCCUCACGCCGCUGCUCGACCAGUUCGACUUUCUCACUCUUGCCGCCAUCAGCACUGGCGUUGACAUCCAGCAAGUGGCGGAUCGGGCUCGCCGAAAAGCAAAGGGAAGCAAGGCCAGCAAGUCACAGCUCGCGGCUGUCGCCCAGUCUCUGCAAGAGCAGACGUUGGUGCAAUUCCGCGGGCUGCUCCUGAGUGCUCUGGACUUUAUCCGGGCGCGGUUUGCGGCCAACGACCAGACCAGCGCCAUCCUUGCCUUGGAGCUGUUCGACGAAGCCAUCGAGUCCCCCUUGCCCCUUAUUGCGCCGAUUGCCCACGCUGUGAUUGAAUUUGCGGUGGAAAUCGGAGCAAACCGUGCGGUGCCCGAUGAUGCACGCAUCAAGGCGCUCUCCUUGCUGUCCUGGUUUGCCAGUUUCAAGCGUCGAGCGCUGAGCUCGAGCAAGGUCAUCCAGCAAGUCAUCCCUGCGCUGUUUAACAUUCUUGCUGAGCACGACGAACAGCUGGCGCUGCACUACGGCGGCACGUAUGACGCACAAGAGGACGCCCAGAACAUUCGCGGUGGCCAACAACAACAACAAGCCCAGGCCAAUGCUGAAGACGACGACGACGACGACGAUGACGAAGACGAGGAAGGUGGUCAAAGCAUUGGUGACAAGCCAUUCCAGGUCGCCGGCCAGAUUAUUCAUCAUUUCGGCUUGAGCUUCCCCGCCUCGCUUGUCCUGCCUCCCAUUCUUGACCUGAUGGCGAGCGCCAUGUCCUCGCCCAACCCAUACCACCGUAAAGCUGCCAUGAUUUGCUUGCAAGUCCUCUGCGAGGGCUGCCCAGCGGCUCUGGCCGAGCACUUGCCGUUGCUUCUGCAGUACAUUGGCGUUUGCAUCGAAGACGCUGUGAACUCGUUUGUUCGUGAGGCCGCCGUCAUUGCGCUGGCUGAAAUGAGCUCCACCAUCGAGGAGGUCCUCGACUAUCACGAGCAGGUCAUGCCACGUCUGAUGCUCGCGCUGACCGAUCCUUCUGAGCGCGUUCAGGAAAAGGCUGGCUACUCGAUCGAACAUUACUGCUUCCACCUCGGCGAGCGUGUGCUCCCCUAUGUCCCUCACGUUGUGGGCCAGCUUCUUCUCGUGAUUGCCAACGCAACCCACCUCAACACACGCGCAUAUGCUGUUGGCGGUGUUGCGGCUGUCGCCCUGGCCGCCAAGAGCGAGUUUGUGCCAUACCUGCCCCAAAUCCUGCCGUCUCUGCUUGAAUUUCUGGCAAUAGAGGACGACGAGCACAUGCCUCUGCGCAUCGGCGCGACAGACGCACUUGGAUCGAUUGUGAAGGCCGUCGGGAGUGAGCACUGCGGCUCUGUCGCUGAGCAAAUCAUGCCUGUGGUUGUGGCUGGGCUUGAGAAACACGCUGACGACGCAGAGCUGUCCCAGAGCACGUUUUCCCUGUUUGCAUCGCUCGCGGCGGUGUUCAAGGAGGCGUUCUCGCCGUAUCUCCCACACUUGAUGCCCACUCUGCUCUCUGUGUGCGAGUCCAACUACGGACUCGAGAUGCAUCGUGCAAAGUCCAACGAUGAUCAGGGAUUCCGUCUCCCUCCAUCUCUCGAUGUUGACCAGGGCGCCGAAGACGAGCCCGAGGCCAGUGACGACGAAAACGAACAGGCUGGCGAGGACGACGACGACGACGACCAUUCCGGCGAGGAUUCGGACGUCGAUGAAAUCCGCGCGACAGACACCUUCCUGGAGGAGAAGGAGACUGCCAUCAACGUUCUUGGCGAGCUGUGCGUCCAUUGCUUCUCUGGGUUCCACCCGUUCAUCCCCGCUGUGAUGUCGGUCUUGUGCGAGCUCACGCGGUAUCACUAUCCCGAAAUUCGCAAGGCUUCUGUAGUAUCGCUGACAGACAUCCUCGGCGCGCUAUACAAGGCGGCAGCUGGUGACUAUUCUUGGACGGCUUCUGCUCCCGAGUUGGUGACCGUUUUCCCUUCCGAAGAGACGGUGGGCGCCAUGACUGUUAUUUUCCCGACCAUGCUGCGACGAUUGCGACUGGACAACGACCCCACCGUCGUCAUUGCUACGCUCGAGUCGUUCGACACAAUCAUCACGACGAUGGGGCCUGCCGCACUGGCCAACGGUGUUGGUGAGCGUCUGCUCAAAUUUAUCUAUCGUGUGCUCCAGCGAAAGGCCAUGUGCCAAGGAGACAGCGCCAGCUCCAACGCCGACGAAGACGACGAGGAGAAUCUCGCCGACAAUGCUGCCGAUGCUAGCGACUCUCAGGACAUUGCUGAAACUGAGCAAAUUUUGAUCGAGACUGCAGCAGCCUUGCUCUCGACCUGUGCGCGGGCUGUCGGCCCUGCUUUCGCAACCCACCUCCCGAAAAUCAUGCGCUGGAUUGGACUGUACGCCCAGAAGGACCGUUCCGAGUCGGAGCGGUCUCUGGCUGUGGGCAUUGUUGCUGAAAUUGUUGCUGCGGCUCGUGAAGGCACGAUUCCCUAUGCACCUAUGUUGCUCGAGUUCUUCCUGACCGGGCUUGGAGAUCCAAACGACGAGGUCUGCUCAAACAGCAGCUACGGCACUGGCGUGGUGUGCGAGGUGGCCAGCUCCGUCCUCCUGCCACAUUUCGGUCAAAUCUUCAAGUGUUUGGCCAACGUCUUCCAGCAGGAGCGCGAGCUCUACAACACGCGCGAUAACGUUUGCGGUGCCUUCUGCCGCAUGAUUUCGGUCGGCGCUGCUCAGUUGCCACUGGAGAUGGCGAUUGCCGCCAUUCUUCAGCAUCUUCCGCUCAGGGUUGACUUUGCUGAGAACAAGACUGUUUAUCCUGUGCUGAUUGCGCUGGUUCAGCAAAACAAUGCCACGAUCUGGAAGUUCAUGCCUCAGCUCAUUGCAGCCAGCGCUCACGUGCUCCGCGAGGCCGCGACUGAGCUGUCGACCGCGCCCGAGGUUGCUGCGCAAUUGGUCGAGUUGUUGCGCCUCCUCGCUGGCACCUAUCCAGACUACUUGGCUGUCUUGUCGCAACUUCCUGCUGAUGACCGAGUUGCCGUUGAAAGUCUCCUGGGCAGCGCAUAAUUUCGAUUCCGUGGUGCUACCUUUUCUCGUUGUUUGAUUGAACAAAAUACAGUUGGUCGUUUUUCUUUG